AAAUUAUAAAUUUUGGUUGAUUGUAAUGACAGGGGGGGGGGGGUGUGUCUUGUUAUCACGCGAAGUUUGUAAACAAAGUGGGAUAAAAUUGGACACUUUACCGCUUCCAAAAAGUUGAUGAUCAUACAAUAGAGGCAAUAUGUGCGGAAGCAAAACCCAGAAUCAGAGGCGUAUUCUUCCAAAUGGUUUCGUAGAAAAACUGCAACUUCAAGGUGUAAAAGCUUGAAGAUCAUGACAAACACAGAUCCCUUUUUCGUCUCUACGGUUAUCCAUUUCAUCUUUUCUUGUCUCUCCUAUUCAUUCCUGUUCUUCAAUUUGAUUGGCUUCUUCUGCACGCAAACUCCCCUCCUAUAGUCAAUUGCAGACGAUUUGAGAAUCGGGGGUUCUUUUUUCUUUUCUUCCCUACCAAAAUGGAUGAUGAGGUGGUUCAGCGAGUUCUCCAGGAAGGCAGAGACUUUUACCAAAAACAGCCCUCCACUUCCACCUCUUCCUCCUCCAUACUUCAAUCACUGCCUCUUCAUGUGUCUUUCGAUCAUGGAUAUUAUCUAUUAGUGAAAUCCAUUCAAGAACUUAGAGAGAAAAAAUAUGGUCUUGUAACGGUUGGCAUUGGUGGUCCAAGCGGCUCGGGUAAAACCAGCUUAGCAGAGAAAGUGGCCUCUGUAAUUGGCUGUAAUGUUGUAUCAAUGGAAAACUAUCGUGAUGGAGUUGAUGAGGGGAAUGAUUUGGAUUCAAUAGACUUUGAUCUUCUAAUUCAGAAUCUUGAGGAUUUGAUAAAUGGAAGGGACACCAUGAUCCCAGUUUUUGACUUUCAUCUAAAGAAACGGGUCAGUUCAAAAAUAAUAAAGAGUGCUUCAUCUGGGGUGGUAAUCAUUGAUGGAACCUAUGCAUUACAUGCAAAAUUACGUUCUUUGCUAGAUAUUCGGGUGGCAGUGGUUGGUGGGGUUCAUUUUAACCUUCUUUCCAAAGUUCGACAUGAUAUUGGAGAUUCCUGUUCAUUGGAUUAUCUUAUUGAUAGCAUCUUUCCGUUGUUUAGAAAGCACAUAGAGCCGGACCUUCAUCAUGCUCAGAUAAGAAUUAAUAACAGCUUUGUCUCAUCAUUUAGGGAGGCAAUAUACAAGCUGAAAUGUAGAAGUGAGUUCCCAGAUGUAGAUUCUGCCCAUGCUUUUCAAGGAAAUAAAACACAUAUAGACAAUUUUAUCGAGAUGUAUCUUAGGCCUCCAUCUGCAAGUGAAGAAGCACGUAUAAAUGACUGGAUUAAAGUGCGACAAUCGGGUAUUAAGUACUACCUAGCACUUGGUGACCAGAGGAUAGUUGACAAAAAUUUUAUUAUCAGACCUAAAGCUGAAUUUGAGGUUGGACGGAUGACUUUAGGUGGAUUGCUGGACUUGGGCUAUACAGUAGUGGUUGGUUAUAAAAGGGCAUCUAUAUCGGUAAAUAAGGGCAAUGUCUCUGUGUCACUUGAAACAAUUGAUUCUCUUGGUGAGACAUUCAUGGUGCUGCGAAGCUCAAAUAGAAAAACAGUUGGAGAAGAAGUGUUGAGGAUGGGUAUCACAGGGUCUUGGAUUACAAAGUCUUAUCUGGAGAUGAUUCUGGAAAGAAAAGGUGUACCACGAUUAAAUACACCUCCACUUCUACCAAACACACCUCUGGCUAAUAACCAAGAAAAGGUUGUCAUUGCUCCCAGGCCCAUCCGUGUUACUUCAAAUCUUGUUUCCCGACUUGAGGAUCUUUCUCAGCCGUGGACCAGAUCUCCAACAAAAUCUCAAAUGGAACCAGUAGUUGCAACGUGGCAAUUUAUUAGCGCUCCCCAAUCUGAUAAUUUAGCGACUGAUCCCGCCUCUUUCAGGGACUCUAUGAGGCUUGCUCCAAUGCCUGAUUCAUGUGACCUGGACAGAGGUUUACUUUUAGCUGUUCAAGCGAUUCAGGCCUUAUUGGAGAACAAAGGUCUUCCUAUUAUUGUUGGAAUUGGUGGUCCAAGUGGGUCAGGGAAGACUAGUUUAGCUCAUAAAAUGGCUAAUAUUGUUGGAUGUGAAGUAAUUUCGCUUGAAAGUUAUUACAGAUCAGAGCAAGUGAAGGAUUUCAAGUAUGAUGAUUUCAGCACACUUGAUCUGUUGCUGCUAUCCAAGAAUAUUGAUGACAUGAGAAAUGGUCGAAGAACAAAAGUACCGCUUUUUGACUUGGAGACUGGUGCUCGAAGUGGUUUUAAGGAGCUUGAAGUUUCUGAAGACUGUGGAGUGAUAAUUUUCGAAGGAGUAUAUGCUUUACAUCCAGACAUCAGGAAAUCACUUGACUUAUGGAUUGCUGUUGUUGGAGGUGUUCAUUCACAUCUAAUUUCUCGAGUCCAAAGAGAUAAAUGUAAAGCAGGGUGUUUCAUGUCACAAAAUGACAUAAUGAUGACAGUUUUCCCUAUGUUCCAGCAGCACAUCGAACCACAUCUUGUCCAUGCACAUCUGAAAAUACGUAAUGACUUUGAUCCUGUGCUUUCACCUGAGAGCUCAUUAUUUGUCCUGAAGAGUAACAAGCAGGUUGCUUAUCAAGAUAUACUCAAACUUCUUGAAUCAUCAAAGGCUUGCAGUUCUAUACAAAAUUUCAUUGAUAUAUAUUUGAGGCUUCCGGGAAUUCCUACAAAUGGACAGUUGACAGAGAGUGAUUGUAUACGAGUUAGAAUUUGUGAAGGCCGAUUUGCAUUGUUAAUACGGGAGCCUAUAAGAGAAGGGAAUUUCAUUAUUCAACCUAAGGUGGACUUUGACAUUAGUAUUAGUACAGUCGCUGGCCUUCUCAAUCUUGGGUAUCAAGCCAUGGCUUAUAUUGAAGCAUCUGCGUAUAUUUACCAAGAUGGAAAGAUCUUAAUUGAGGUUGACCAUUUACAAGAUGCUCCUUGUCCCUAUCUCCAAAUAAAAGGGGUUGAUAAAGAAGCUGUUGCAGCAGCUGGUUCCAUGCUCGAACUGAAUGAUUCUUACACUACAAAGAGCUAUCUUCAAAUAAUUUUGGAAAGUUUGCCACCAAAUCGGAGUUCUGGCCUAAUCCAUAAUCAUCAAGCUGCAAGGCUGCAAGAACUUGUGGAAUUUAUUCAAUCUCAGGGAAGUAGUACAGCUUCAGAAUCCUCCCCUAGUAGAGAAGCAUCAUCUCCAUUGGAAGGGAUCAUUGAAGACAUGCAGUCCAGAAUUAGAAGACUUGAACGAUGGCUUGCAAUUAAUACAAUUUUGUGGACCUUUUUUGUUUCCGCCUUUGUUGGUUAUUCACUCUACCGGACCAAGCGUCAGUGAUUGUGUCAUCUGCUGAGUGACUCACUCGUCAAGCUUACUUCCUCCUUUUUUAUGCACGGUUCUGGUGAAGCUUCCGACCUGCGUAUACAGAAGUAACAAAAGAAAAUAGAUGAUAGAAACAAAGCUAACCACAACUAUUGGAAGGGUUUUAUCAUUUGAAGCAUAAAAUAUAUGCUAUCCAUUGAAGAUAGUGUAUAAUAUUUUUCAUUUGUGAUAUAAAUGAGGCACCAUUGAGUUCAGCCAGUGCCACAUUUAACCUACAUCAUUCUUUACUUCCCCAUUAUAUCGAUGUGAUUUUGUUUAUACUUGUUGGCUCGAUCAUUCUACCAACAUCUCUAGUCACAUCUUUUCAUCAAGUGAUUUCAUGAUUUGAGAUGAACUAUGUGAAUGCCAAAGGUCUAUUAAUGA